CAGCCAGCAGCUUCCCCUUUUCUGCCCUGCUCCCGGCCGCCCGGCUCCUUCCCCUCAGAGCCUAGCGGAGGGGACCGCAGCCACACCAUGGCCCUCCGCGUCUCUGCCCUCCGCCAGACCUGCUGCUGCUUCAAUGUCCGCAUCGCCACCAUCGCCCUGGCUGUGUACCAUGUGAUCAUGAGUGUGCUGCUGCUCGUCGAGCACUCAGUGGAGGUGGCCCAUGGCAAGGCCUCCUGCAGGUUCUCCAAGACGGGCUAUCUCAGGAUUGCUGACCUGCUCUCCAGCUUCCUGCUCAUCACCAUGCUCUUUGUCAUCAGCUUGAGCCUGCUGGUUGGUGUGGUCAAGAACCAGGAGAAGUACCUGCUGCCCUUCCUGUCCCUGCAAAUCAUGGACUACCUCCUGUGCCUGCUGACCCUGCUGGGCGCCUACAUCGAGCUGCCCGCCUACUUCAAGUUUGCCUCCCGGAGCAGCCGGCCUGGCCCCUCCAAGAUCCCACUGAUGACCCUGCAGCUGCUGGACUUCUGCCUGAGCAUCCUGACGCUCUGCAGCUCCUACAUGGAAGUGCCCACCUAUCUCAACUUCAAGUCUAUGAACCACAUGAAUUACCUCCCUAGCCAGGAGGGCUUGAGUCAUAACCAGUUCAUUAAGAUGAUGAUCAUCUUCUCCAUCGCCUUCAUGAUGGUCCUCAUCCUGAAGGUCUACAUGUUCAAGUGUGUGUGGAGAUGCUAUAGACUCAUCAAGUACAUGAACUCGGCUGAGGAGAGGAGCUCCCCUAAAAUGUUCCAGAAGGUGGUCCUGCCAUCCUAUGAGGAAGCCUUGUCUCUGCCGUACAAGACUCCCGAGGGGGGCCCGGCGCCGCCCCCGUACUCAGAAGUGUGACGCUCCAGGCGCCAGCUGGUGCCGGGAGGGGAGGGGCGGAGCUGCGUCCCAGUCUGCUUCUUUGCUUUGGGGGCCCUCUGGCCUGGAUGGACUACCCAGCUGACUUCAGGACAAUCUGCCGUGUCCCCUCGCUGGCCUGGGAGAUGCUCACAACUGGGUCAGCCCUGUAGGCUGAAUGACUCCUUGAGUCGCCCCCAAAUUCAUCCAAAACACCUGGCUUGUUUUGAUCAGCUCUAGCAUUUGUUGAGACAAUUGGUCCUUCUAAAUUUACUGAGUCCGGUGGAGCAGCUGUCGUCUUGACCAGUUUAACCAUGUGACCGACAAAUCAAAAACACACUUGUCAGUUCAGUUGGGUCAACCAGCAGCAGCCCUCACAUGGCUUGCGAAUAGUUGUUCUUUCUCACAACCAUUCCGCCAGCCAUCACCAUGGCUCUGCCCCGCCGGCCCAGCCAUUCGAUUUCCUCAAACAAUGACCAAGCUGGCCAACCCAAGGUCCAUUUAGAGCGUGAUAAAAUUCAAUCAUAGAAAAAUCAAAUCAGCUUCCAAACUCUCCGAUUCAAUCUAACCCAAUAACCGACCGCUCCUCUGAUCAGCUCGGUCGUCUGAGAGGCUGAAUACUUGUUCAUUUCAAUGAAAAUGUCAGUCAGUUGCCGAGCCCCGGCUCACGGGCUGGUUCCCAUCCGGUGGCAUCCAUCAUCCCUUGGCCCUUCAAGCGCGAGGUGGCGAGCUGCCCUCCGUGACACUGCGGGCGGUGCAGUCCCACUGCCGAGCGCGGGCCGGACGGGUCUGGGAGUCCACCUCCGAUUUGCUCCUGGGCAGCUCUGCUCUGCCCGAGGCUGUUUAAGCAGAGGCUCAGCCCUAGAUCAGAUGAAUCCUUCGCUGGACUGAGGCCACAGCCUAGCUCACCACCGCAGGCCGCCUCUGGUGGGAGCAGACCUGCUCCAGCCUGGGUUGGGUGCGCAGAACCGAAGGCCCGUCACCCCUUCUGCCCACCGCCCUCGGGGUGGCAGUCCCUGACCCAGCGAGGGAUAGCGGGCAGGCUCUCUGGGGUCUGUGAGGGGGUGGCGGGGGAGGGCUGUGCAAGAGGGUCCCUGCCAACACUCCUUCUGUACUUGCUUUGUGUGUGAUGGGGAGGAAGUUUCAAUAAAGCAGCAAUACGCUUCUC